AUGCCAUGCCCCGUCACCCCGUGGCGCGCUCGCCUCCUCUCCGUCUCUGCGUCUUUGGAGGUGCAUGAUGGUGGUGGUGGUGGUCUGGUGUUGUGCCCCGAAAAAGCAACCAUGGUGUCUGUCGAAGUCAGUAUGAGCGUCCAUGCGGUGGCGCUCGGCGUCACUGCCCUCAUGGCUGGCUACGCUUUGACGCGUGUGACUGCAUCAGGUGUCCAUGAGGACGGUGUGUUGGGGGCCCAGCCCUUCUUGGCCGCUCUGAUCGUGCGCUGGACGGCCGUGAGCCAGGCGCUCUACUUUCUUGUUGCCUUUGUGGCCGACAUGAUGGGUCGCCGAGGCUACGCACUGGCUCUUCGGGAUAGCUUCUUUGGCGUCUGGUCGGGCCCCGCCGCCGUCGCCACCCUGAUUUUGGUUUUCUCGCAAAAUCUGGCCAUCCAGGCCACUGCACGCUCCGACGAGCUCGCCGACGUGACUGCCGCUUGGCUCAUCAACCGCAGCGCCCCCAUUUACACGGCCCUCUUUCUGGGGGAGAUUUUUGUGGCUGCCCGUGCGUCCUGGAACGUGGGUGAGGAUGUGCUCAACACGGCCAUUACCGCCACGCUCCUCUCCUACUGGCUCAAAAACUUUGCUAGCGUGCCCAAGGACACUCCCAGCGCCAAUGCCAUCUGCGGUGGUUACUUUAUUGCGUCUGUCAUCCUCUCCCUCGCCGUCCGCCAGUGCGCCACGGUGCCCAAGCCCCUGGUACUUUGCUUGGUUAAUCCUGGUCUGAAUGCCCAUGUUGUCCGACGUGUUAGCUACUUUACGACGCAAGCUUCCCCCACAGCACCAACCGUGGCGGUGAAGAAGGCCGCGGAAGUCACCGAGUCGGCCGUUGACAAAGCUCGUGAGCUUCUGGCUCAACACAAGUCGGAGCGGGAAGCCAUGGAAGCGAGCGCGACCGGUGGUAUCUUCAGUGAGGAUGAGGGUGAGGAGGCUGGCGAUGAAGCCACCCCUGCACCCAAGACAACCAAGUCGCGCCGCCCACCGGCUGCCAAUGUUGCCAAUGGACUGAUGUCGGACGAUGACAAUGAAGAUGACCAGUCGGACGAAGAGGAGCUCCUGAGCCCGGAUCAAUCCCAAAUUCCCAAGGAGCUUCGCUUCCAAAACCCAGGCCGCAAAAGCCCCGUCCGUGACCUGCCCACCACGCGCACCCGCCGCCACAAGCCCAUCAACUACAAGGAGUAA